AUGUCCCUCCAAGGCAAGGUAUAUGCCGUCACAGGCGCAGCAAGCGGUAUAGGCCGCGCAACAGCAAAACUCAUCGCCGACCGCGGGGGCACAGUCUGCAUCGCCGACGUCAACCGCGAUGCCCUGAGCGAGGUCGAGGCAUAUUUCUCCUCCAAGACACCUCCUGUUCAGUAUAUGGCCACCCAAGUCGACGUCUCGAACAAAGAACAGGUGGAGAACUGGAUUUCCGAAAUCAAGGCCAAGUAUCAUCGACUGGACGGUGCUGCGAACGUCGCCGGCAUUGGCGGGAAGGACCAUGGGACCAAGACUGUAGCGGAGACUGAGGAUGGCGAAUGGAACAAGAUCAUCGGGAUAAAUCUGACGGGAGUCAUGUAUUGUCUUCGCGCGCAGCUGAACGUCAUUGAGGAUAAGGGGUCGAUUGUCAACAUGGCUUCCAUCCACUCCAAGAUAGGGAUGGCAAAUUACGGCGCAUAUGCAGCCAGUAAACACGGUGUACUCGGUCUCACCCAGGCUGCUGCAAAGGAGAACGGCCACCGAGAAGUGCGGGUUAAUGCCGUUGCUCCAGGCCCGAUCUAUACGGAAAUGAUGCAGGCGCAAUGGGAUCGCGUUGGCCGACCAGCCGAUGCACCAUUUGACGACCCGAUUGCAUUUCAACGUCAAGGAACUCCGGAGGAGGUGGCGAACGUAGUUCUCUUCCUGCUGGGGCCGGAGAGCUCGUUCGUCAGUGGAAGUUGUUAUUCGGUUGAUGGAGGUUGGCUAUGA